UUAGUUUAAUCUCAAGCGCGAGUCUCGAACGGUUUUACGCAAGAAAAGUAGAAAAUAUUUUAUAGAAUAUUCAAAAUGAAAUCAAUAUUGGUGUUGGCUCUAUGCCUGGGUGUCGCCUGCGCAGAUUUUCACAGCAGCCACUACGAUGCCCAUCAGGAGGCAAUCGAUACUGCCCGCCGCAAUGCUUACGGCUCCAGUGGCUAUGGAGCUAGUGGCUCGAACAGCUUUGGAGCUGGCGGUACCGCUGAGCUGUCGCUUGGCGGCGGCGUUGGUGGCUCGUCGCUAGGCAACUUGGAGAGCUCCUACGAUUCCGUGGGUGCCGUCGAAGGUGUGGAGAACAGCGGCAACAGCUUGGGCGGUGGUUCUGGCUUUGGAUCCAACAAUGCUGCCUCAUUUGGUGCCAACAUCGGUGCUGGAUUCGGGGCUAGCAAUCAGGCUGCCUUUGGUGCCAACAAUGCGGCUUCCUUUGGCUCCAACAGCGCCUUCUCCUCCAACUCUGCCUUCCAGACCAGCCACAGUGCCAACUUCAAUGCAGCCAGCUCGCACAACGUGGGCAGCAACGUAGAGUUCGCUGACGCCAACAAUGCCGGCACUGAGGUCAACUUCGGAGGGGCCAAUACCAACACUGUCAACUCGGAGUCGCUGCUCGCCAGCAAUAUGCAGGCGCCGGUGGCCCUCACUUUGCCCUCGUCCAGCGGCAACAAUGUGGAGUACUUGCACCACGAGCGCGUUGUCUCCAGUGCACCCCAACAGAUUGUGUACACCGUGCCCGGUGGCUCGCAGCAGUACGUGCAACAUGUGGAGCGCGUUGUCGAGCAGAAGCAGCCCUCGGUGCAGUACGUUCAGGUGGCACAGCCUUCCGGCACCUCUGAGAGUUACUAUCAGCGCAAGGUCACAACCACCUCAUCGACUCCCCAGAUCGUCCAGCAGCCCUCGGCCAGGUACACCUAUGGCUCCAACACUGGCUCCAGCUUUGGUUCCAAUGCUGCCUCCACCUUUGGCUCCAAUGCUGCCUCCACUUUUGGCACCAACUCUGCCUUCAAGGUCAACCAGGGCUUCGGCACCAACUUUGGCAGCAACUUCGGUCAGCGCUCAGGUGCUCAGACCCAGUGGACUUCGGGUCAAAAUAGUGCUGUCAACUUUGGCAGCGGCAGCUCUCAGCUGCAUAAGUUGAUUAACCAGGCUCAACUGACAGCCAGGCAACAGGCUGCUAGCGAUAGUGUCCAUAGCAGUGGACCCUGUCUGGCCAGUGCCGAUGGUGGCUCCAACGGCUUCAACUCGGGCAGCUCCUUGAACUCCGCCAGCUCUCUAAAUGCUGCCAGCGGUCUUAAUGCGGGCGCCAGCGGCUCUCUUUUGAGCGGUUCUUUGCUCAGUGGCUCCUUGCUGGGUGGUGCCUCCCUCAACAGCCAGAACAAUUUGGGUCUCAAUGCGGGACAGCAACUGUCCGGCUCCGGCAACUUUGGCGGCGCCGGCGGUGCCGGCAGCGGCUACCAGACCAAGCAGUGGGAGAAGCAAUCCAAGUGGUCUUCCCAGUCUGAGUUUGGAUCCGAUGGCCAUGUGAAAAACUACAAGGAUCUGGCCACUGGCGAGAGCGAGAACUACAACCUCAACGGCAAGCAGUUCGGAUACAACGCAGCCACCGCGUCCGUCGAUGACAACGGUAGGACGAGCACCUACAGUGUGCACUCGUAAGGUGCAACCAGCCAACAGCCAACAUUGCCCCCUGCCACAACUUUCACAGUAGUAUCUAGUUUCAAACCCUCCAUUGUAGACGGUUCAACAAAAUGCUAAACAAUAAAAUGAGUAUCGAGGAUAUU